GCAAGCGGCAGCUGACCCGGAUGUUCCUCCAUUAGCAACAUGGCGGCCGCCGUCAGCAGCAACAUUGUCGUCUCGUUGUUGCGUUGCUAAAGUGUCAGUUAGCUCCUUCAGUCCUGAUCCAGCAGAGUCUCUGUAUGUCUGGAUAAACCUCUGAAUGGACUUCUAGAGGUUCACCUUUGUUUCUGGAUGUUGUUCCUCGGACUCAUCUCCCGGUAGCCUACAAAGAUAUUCAAGUUAGCUUAGCAUGCUAACAGACCGACGGGGACGGAAGUCAGCAACACAGCGCUAGUCCCAGUUUAAAGGAGAGCAAACGGGCUUUGUGACGGAGUUUGUGUGGAGGAAACGUUUCUGUCGUUGUGUGAAGAUGUCUAAAGUCCAAAUGCUGAGAUGUUUAGUCAACCAGCGACUAACUGCGGCUGCGCAAGAGAUAUUUGGGCUGUUUGAAAGAACCAUAGCAGAGUACGAGGAGGAACUUUGUAGUUCCAGAGAGGAGAACGAGCGACAACGGAAACUUCUGGACGCUGUGUUCAACCCGGAAGUCCGGAAUCAAAGAGCAGACCUCCAGCAGCUGUUGGUGGUUCAAGAAGAGGUUCCCCCUGAGCAGCAGGUCUGGAGCUCCAGUCUGGACCAGGAGGACCCAGAGCCCCCACACAUUAAAGAGGACCAGGAGGACCCAGAGCCCCCACACAUUAAAGAGGACCAGGAGGACCCAGAGCCCCCACAUAUUAAAGAGGACCAGGAGGACCCAGAGCCCCCACACAUUAAAGGGGACCAGGAGGACCCAGAGCCUUCACACAUUAAAGAGGAACAGGAGGACCUCUGGACCAGUCAGGAGGGAGAGCAGCUUCAAGGUCUGGAGGAGGCUGGUAUCAGGUUCUCAUUCACUGUGAAGAGUGAAGAUGAUGAAGAGGAAGCUCAGUCCUCUCAUCUUCAUCAAAGACAAACUGAACAGAUGGAAACAGAAGCUGAUGGAGAGGACUGUGGAGCACCAGAACCAGACAGGAAGUCAGAUUCAGAAAGACCUCCAGGACCAGAUAUUGAUAACGAGACUGGAGACUCCUCUGAACCUGAGACUGAUGACUGUGAUGAUUGGAAACGGAACAAAGAACCUUCGUGGGGUUCAAACUCUCUCGCUGACCAGAACUUGUGCAUCUGCUCUGAAUGCGGCAAAAGAUUCAGCAACCGGACCAACCUGAAGGUCCACAUGUUGAUCCACACGGUACUCAACCCAUUCUUUUGCACACUUUGCAAUAUCAGAUUUUCUCAGAAGAGGAAAUUAAUUUGUCACAUGAAGCGUCACCAACCGGCAAAAAGUCACCGCUGUCCAGAGGACCCAGAGCCCCCACACAUUAAAGAGGACCAGGAGGACCCAGAGCCCCCACACAUUAAAGAGGACCAGGAGGACCCAGAGCCCCCACACAUUAAAGAGGACCAGGAGGACCCAGAGCCCCCACACAUUAAAGAGGAACAGGAGGACCCAGAGCCCCCACACAUUAAAGAGGACCAGGAGGACCCAGAGCCCCCACACAUUAAAGAGGACCAGGAGGACCCAGAGCCCCCACACAUUAAAGAGGACCAGGAGGACCCAGAGCCCCCACACAUUAAAGAGGACCAGGAGGAAGCUGAUGGAGAGGACUGUGGAGAACCAGAUACUGAACCUGAGACUGAUGAUUGGAAACGGAACAAAGAACCGUCACGCGGUUCCAACUCUCACCAAAAAGUGCUCGAUCAGCGAUUUUUUGCUGACAGGAAAUUGUACAUCUGCUCUGAAUGCGGGAAAAGGUUGGGCAACCGGGCCAACCUGAAGGUCCACAUGUUGAUCCACACGGUACCCAAACCAUUCUGUUGCACACUUUGCAGCGGAAGAUUUCCUCAGAAGAAGAAAUUAAUUCGUCACAUGAAGCUUCACCAUUUUUGCCGCUGUCCAGUUUGUAACAAACGUUUUCGAUACAACGGCGACAUCACGAGACGCUUGGAGAGUCACAGCGGAGAGCCGGCCGGGCCUCGGACUUACUGUAUUUAAUAUUUAGUUGUUUCUUUGUUCUGUAAUUGUGCGUAUUAUAAAUAAAGAACUUUAUAAAUACAUUA